AUGGAGAUGAGUGAGCACUACGCGCCUUUCCCAGGAGCACACGCCACACCUACCAAGGUAGACAGCAACCCCAACGCUGACGUCGACAACUCAUCGCGCCUCGCCGCCAUACCUGGUCCUGCAUAUCAGGAUGCAGUUGCUCAAAAGGCCCUCGCUGCAAAAACGGCUACGACGGAAGAUGAGCCACCUCGUAGGAGCAGAGGCCGCCCCAAGGGAUCAAAGGCCGGCAUGUCCUAUGGCCAAAUGAGAGGUGGCGCUGGAUCUCGAUCAGUUGUGCACGUUGGCCGGUCUGGCCGGCAAAAGCACAUUCCAAACUACUCGCUGAAGCGCCGUCGCAGGACUGUCGCCCGGCCUGAUCCACGGACGCCGAGAGAGCUCUAUCAGGCGCUGAAGCCAACAUUUAUAGGGUUUCUGUGUGAGUGGUCCGGCUGCAAGGCCAACUUGCAUAACAUGGACACACUUCGCCGACAUGUCGAUGCAAUUCACCUAAAACCUCGAGAGCAGCAUUGCUGCUUAUGGGGUAAAUGCGGCGAGCAAUCAGUCGCGCGGCAAAUUGAUGGCGUGGCGUUGGCGACGCACCUAGAGCAGGUGCACCUGGUGCCCAUGACUUGGCAUGUUGGAGAUGGACCGAAAAACAGCUGGAACUGGAGCAUCAAGCUCGAGGCAGACGCGGAGGCUGUGGCCGAUUUUCUAAAAGACAAGGAGGGUAACCAAGUGACGCCUUCGACGCGAGAUCAAUUAGUGGAAGAUUUACAGACGUACAGGACAAAUAGGAGGAAGCUGAAAGAGCUUAUUUUGCGGCGAGAUGAAAACUUGGAUUCACAGUCAUCGGACGCGUCUGAAGACGAGGACAUGGGGUCAGGCCUAUGA